AUGGACGUGUUCCACUUCCACCAGUCGAACCUUUGCUCUCUCAGGCCAAGUCCAAGGAGGAGGCCUAGCUCCUCUUAUCUCCAUCACGGAAAGCCUCUUCCUAAUCUCAGCACUAUAUCCAUACCCCAAAUCCCAAUUCACAGCCUCACAUCCAAACCACCACGCCGCUUCCAUAUCCGAAGCGAGGCUGUUGAAAAAUGGGUUGGGCCUUUUGGUUCAGCAUUUCCAGGUGGUUGUUGUAGUUGGUGGAGUUUAAGUGAGCAUGAUAAGGAAGAGCAAAGCUGCACGGUGGCGAAGCCCAUUACGCUACUGCACGCUCUUCGUCGAAUGUGGGAUUUGGUGGAGAGUCAUGGAUCAAGAUGGGUUAUCUUUGUCGCGUUUACUUCUUUGAUUAUUGCUGCGCUUUCUGAGAUUUCUAUACCAAGUAUAUUGGCGGAAUCCAUAUUUGCUGCUCAGAGUGGUGAUGCUGUGGUUUUCUCUAGGAACUCAAAAUUUUUAGCUUUUUUGUGUAUCACUUCAGGGAUAUGCAGCGGCUUGCGAAGUGGUUGUUUUGGGAUUGCAAACAUUAUUUUGAUGAAGCGUCUCAGGGAAACUCUUUACUCAGUUCUUCUUUUCCAGGAUAUAUCCUUUUUCGACAGCGAAGCAGUUGGUGAUUUGACAAGCAGACUUGGGGCAGAUUGUCAACGAUUAUCUCUUGUUAUUGCGAAUGAUAUUAGUUUGAUCUUUCGCAAUGUUCUUCAGGGGAUAGGUGCACUGAUCAAUUUGCUGAUAUUAUCUCGGCCUCUCGCAUUAUCAACAUUGUUUAUCUGCUGUGUGUUAUCUAUGAUUUUUCUUCUUUAUGGACAGUACCAAAAGAAAGCUGCAAAGUUAGUCCAAGACUUCACUGCUGGUGCCAAUGAAGCUGCGCAAGAAACAUUUUCCUUGAUGAGAACUGUCCGAGUUUAUGGAACUGAAAGAAAAGAAUUUGGAAGGUUCAAGCAAUGGCUAGACAAAGUUGCUUUUGUAAACAUACGAGAGAGUGUGGCUUAUGGAUUCUGGUGUGUGAGUUUCAGUACUCUUUAUCGUUCUACGCAGAUUAUUGCAGUGGUGUUGGGAGGAAUUUCAAUUAUGAGUGGUCAUGUAUCAGCUGAGCAACUAACUAAGUAUGUACUGUAUUGUGAGUGGUUAAUUUACGCAACUUGGAGGGUCACAGACAAUGUAUCAUCAAUGAUGCAGUCUGUUGGAGCAAGUGAAAAGGUUCUUCAGUUAAUGGACUUGUUGCCCAGCGACCAAGUCUUAUCAAAAGGUGUGAAGUUGCAGAGGGUAAUGGGACAUAUUCAGUUUGAGAAUGUUUCUUUUCGCUAUCCUUCAAGGGCAAAAACCCCCAUACUAGAUGACAUAAAUGUUUCCGUACAAGCACAUGAAGUGGUUGCAAUUGUUGGUCUGAGUGGUAGUGGGAAAAGCACAUUGGUGAAUCUUUUGCUUCGUCUUUAUGAACCAAUUACUGGUCAGAUUUACAUUGAUGGUUUCCCUCUCAGAGAAUUGGAUAUCAGGUGGUUGAGAGGAAAAAUUGGAUUUGUUCCACAGGAACCUCAUAUAUUUCAUAUGAGCAUAAAGUCAAACAUAGAAUACGGUUGCUCUAAAGAUAUUAAAAAAGAAGAUGUAGAAUGCGCUGCAAAGCAGGCCUACGCUCAUGAUUUCAUCUCCUCUCUUCCUGACGGCUAUGAAACCGUCGUGGACGAUAAUUUACUCAGCGGGGGACAAAAGCAGCGAAUCGCUGUUGCCAGGGCCAUUCUUAGAGACCCAGCUAUAUUGAUCCUUGACGAAGCCACCAGUGCUCUAGAUUCUGAAACCGAACACUAUGUUAAGGCAAGCACUCUCUCUCAAGAUUUAAACUAUCUGUCAACUCAAUUGUUAUAUAUACAAGGGGUUAUUCAUGCAUUAAGAAGUGACAUGAAAGCAAAAAGAACUGUCAUUGUCAUAGCACACAGGCUUUCAACCAUAAAAGCUGCUGACAGAAUCAUUGUAAUGGAUGGUGGUCGAAUCACUGAGCUCCCUAUGCAGAUGGGUAAUCACACAGAGCUCCUCGAGGAGGAUGGAUUAUAUGCAAAUUUGGUUGGAGCUCAAACAGAUACUUUGGCUUGA